AUGUCAAUGUUCUGGGAAGCACGAAGCAGCGAUAGAUAUCGUGGCACACAGGUUGUCGCGUCAUUUACGAACAUAGAUCGGAGCGAGGGCGACGACAACGCCAUUUCAUUCACUUGCAUGAAUUACAAUUACCGCCCAGCGUUCAAUCCCCUCGCGGGAGACUCAUUUGGGAACCCGGCGGUGUCCCAGGCAGGGUCGGCUGGAAGAUACGGGGGCACCGCAACUUAUCUGAGGAAACGCGUGGAGCUCUCGUGCCCUCCUUCACUGGAUUUCCUACCGGUGGGCCGCGAGAACACCGGGGCAUUUUCAACAAGGGAAUAUGAGAGCAUGUCAGAAUCUGAGGAAGACUACGACCUAUACUACACGCCCCUCGACUUCGAAGACAGCCUCCUGUCCCUGGGCGGUACUCCGCGCAAGUCACAGACACACGUCCCUCCUCCUGAGCUCCAGCCGGGGUCUGGGUCCGAGUGCGAGUCUCAGCCCCAGUCCCAGCAGAGCCUACCACCUGCCUCAGAGACAGAUGAGUUUGAUGCGUACGAUUUGUCAGAGUUUACGGCGGAAGACUUUGCCGCCAUCGACGCCGUACUUUCCCGUCCGGGCGCCCCGACCACUGUCGACGCGACGAACCAAGAAGGCGCGCAGAGCAAAUGCGGAGGUCCUCGCGUUGAGAUUGAGCUAGAGGAGCAUGCUGAUUGUUCUGCUCUCGUCAAGGUACCGGCGCCACCUUCGCCGUACCCGGCCCCAGACGUGGUUGGAUGGCAACUUACUAAUGGCCGCCGUCCGCGUAGUCCAUACCAACAAUUCAGACGACAAAAAAUUUCUCUCUCAGUAACAGACCUUGUCUCGCCAGCGUGGUGUGAGGUCCAGUUUGAUUACGGACUCAGACAGAAGCGGUUCCUUAAACCCGAGGAGAGACCCAUCUCUUUCGUCACCGCGGACGGAAAGAAGAUUGAUGUGGACAAGAGAGUUGCACAAUCCAACCACAUUACUCAAACCCGCGGGAAGCGUGAAAUGCCCGUAUUCGGGAUUGUACAUGAUCAGGUCGUCGUUGGUAUCAUCGACGAGCUUCUUCGAAAGCCCGCGGAGGCCACGCAACCACCACCCCAACCACAAGCUUCUCCUGGUGUCUCCAAGAGGCGCAGCCCGAACAAGCGGGAAUCGCCCUCGACACCGACGAAGAAGAACAAGCGUAGCCGUAAAACACCUUCCCCGUCUCAACCGAAGCUCACGUCGUAUUUCCAUGCCGCUGUUCAAGUACCGGAACGCGAGGACGAAGGCGGUCUUCUGGAUACCUCAGAGUGCACAUCUGAGGGUCCUGUAUUUCCUUCUACGCCGCCUACGGUCGCCUCAUGUCUCCCCGAAGAUUUCUCGUGCCCACCUGCAUUAAUACCCUCGCAUAAGUCGUAUACCCUGCACAUAUCUGACACGAAGACCCGUCGCCACCCUAGCCUCCCGCCGGACGAAGACGCAUUAUCGUCGCGUUUGCAACUUAUGCUCUAUCACCGUCUCCUCAGUAACCUUCUUGCCACGCCAUCUAACCUGUCGCCUAGUGCUGGCGGACGUGCGUGUCCUCCAAUUUCGCCGCCGUCACAGGCAUUGGACUUUCAAGCACUCUGGGUCCGUGUUGGAGUCAAUCCCAUGAGAUCGUUCUCUCCUAGCUUCAUGCGCGACGCAGGUCUGCUCGACUUCAAAAGCGCUGCCUACGCUGGUUUUAGUUCAGACCUGGGCUUCGACGCUCCGGCGUGGUGCUUGAAUGACCUUGCUGCGCAAUGGCGGCAAGUGGUCGAGGCACUCGCCGUGGAUAGUGUGGACAAAACGCUUACUCUCGUCUAUCGGCUGCAGCCUUUGCGAAGCGCGAAGACACGCGAGACUGAAUCCGGCAGCAAGCAUCCUGCUACGUCUUAUAUGACCGAGCAGGAGCGCACCAACUUGGCCCUCGCGAUCGAGGCCAGUUUGAACGGGGCACCCAACCAAUUUGACGGCAGAGACGAUGGGCUCGCAAGGGCGAUCGAGGAGAGUCUUCAGACUGCCAGGGCAGUGGGCCAGAUUAGUUUUAACGGCGUGGCCGGCGAGCAGAGCGGUAAUGCCGACUCCGAGGAAUCAACUCCUAAGGAGGUUAGUCUCGAACUACCUGCAGUCCUCUCUUCGAUGCCAGAUCCGGGCCUGGGGUCAUCGGAUUCUGCGCAAACCCCUGCCAUCGCAGAGCGUGAGGAUACCUCCGCAGAAUCCUCCGUCGCACCGCUCGUCAUAGACUCACUAUCGGGUGAAGACACCUCGAGCGAGGACGGUGACACGCCGAUGCCAGUAUCAGAGCUCAACAAGAAGGCACAAAUCCUCGGGUCGAAACAAUUUACUAUGGAUGACAACGUGCUAGAUGAUUACCUUACAAGUAUCUUGCGGUGGUGGCAUGGACAACGACCGCCGAAGGGUGUUGACAUCGAAUUGACCAGACGUUGCCGAACCUGUGAAUACAUGGAAGGCUGCGACGGCGCGUGCACUGGACAACCGACAACGGUGAGACAGCCAAACCUAAGCCGUACGGCCAGUGCAGCGUGCUGGCCGCCUUCAUCUCUCGUUCAUACCCUCAUAGCCAUGGCGCAGGCCUAUCAGCAGGCCUACAUACAGCAGCAGAACAAGGGAACUCUCGUUCCCGGACAGACUAUCGCUGUCAACAAGUACACCGUUCAGGUUGAGCGCUACUUGAGCCAGGGGGGGUUCGCGCACGUCUACCUUGUCCGAACGGCGACGCCUGUCUAUAACACGACACAUCAUGUCCUCAAGCGGGUCGCGGUGCCUAGCGAGACCAUGCUCACGGAGGUCAAGAAAGAGGUGGACAUUAUGAGAAUACUCAAGGGUCACGCAAACAUCGUAUAUCUGAUCGACGCCGCAUGGCACCGACUCCCGAAUGGCACAUAUGAGGUCUUUAUUCUCAUGGAAUUCUGCGCAGGCGGAGGUAUCAUAGACAUGAUGAACCGUCGCCUUCGGGAGCGUCUUACGGAACCGGAGAUCCUCACCAUCUUCUGUGAUGUUUGUGAAGGGCUUGCGGCCAUGCACGCGCUCAAACCUCCGCUACUGCACCGUGAUCUGAAGGUUGAGAAUAUCUUGCAGGCGUCGCCGACAUCGUACAAGCUCUGUGACUUUGGGAGUGCUACGCCUGUACAGAAAGUCCCGACGAAUAACCAAGAGAUGCGGGCACUGGAAGCAGACUUGAAUCGACAUACGACCCUGCAAUACCGUGCACCGGAGAUGGUUGACGUAUACUUGCGGCGACCAGUCGACGAGAAGAGUGAUGUAUGGGCACUCGGAGUCUUGCUCUACAAACUAUGCUAUUACACGACCCCGUUCGAAGAACACGGUCCUCUCGCGAUCUUGAACGUACAGUACAAGAUACCGCCGUAUCCAGUGUACUCCAAUAACAUGAAUGCUCUCAUCGCGUCGAUGCUGCGCGAACACGGUACCCAGCGGCCUUCGGUCUUCGAGAUUCUCGAUCACGUCCACAGGCUGCGCGGAACACAAUCGCGCUUUACAUAUGCUAUCCCACCGAGAGAGCCGCCAUUAUCGCCGCGUUCCAUGGCGCCCCCGUUGCAAGCACUUUCCCCCAACAUCGUCUCCCCCACACCACUGCCUAACAACCCCCUCGACGACCUCGUCUCAUACAAGUCUCAGCAGCCUCUGUCCGUCUCGCCUAGUAAAGGUGCUGGUAUUGCAGCGCGUGACAAAGUACUCGAGGCUAUUGCGCCGAUGCGCCGCGGGCGUCCAGCUGCAGGAUUACCAAUGCCUUCGCCGCCUACGAGUCCCAAGAAAGAACGGCGGUUCGAUUUAGAUUCCAAGUUCACUGCGGAGGAAGAUCGCGCUUGGCGGGCCGUUCGUGGGCACAAGUCGGGGUUAGCCAGCAUCGGGGGCACUGAUAUGGGUCGGAACAAGCCAGAGAACGGUGAUGCAUGGGCGGUCGGGCCUCGUCUGGACAGCAAGGAGAAGGCCAAGGGCGCAGAUAGGAAGGCCUUUGAGCAGGCCUUUGGGGACGACUUCAGUACGGGCUUCGAUAAGAGCUUCGGCGACUCGUUCCAGUCUGCGCUCUCUCCAGCACCUGCACCGUCGCCGAGACCUCAGCGAUCACCACAGCCACAAGUGCAGUACCAGCCUUCUCCUUCGCCCAAACCCCCGCUCACAACUCAGCUCGGCCGACGCCAGUCCGUUCGUAAAGCAAAGGAUGCAUUCGAUGGGUUGGGGCUUGCGGCUGCACCACCCCCUCAAACCCUGGGUGAAGCUCGUAAGACCCGUACAGGCAUGGCGAGCAUCGGGAUAUCUCCUGCGAGCAGUGCGGCUACGCAGUAUCUCAAUGCUCCCUCGUCACAGGCUAGCGGACUGGGAACAAGCAACACCAUGUAUCGUCCUCCUAGCGCCCAUUCCACAUUCUCCAAUCCCUCUCCACAACCCGCAUCCCAAUUCACACUUCCUCCCGUACAGCCAUUACGGACGCAUUCGAAGGCGCCUUCCAGCGUCGGCCAACGUGCAGCUCAGGGUGAAUCCUUGUCCGCAGAGCAGCGCUUCCCGUCUUUAGAGGAACUCGACCGAGAGUUCGCCUCACCGCCGCCCGUUACCUCCCCCGGCAGCAGAUCCAGUGCUCAGGCGCCCGGUGAACAGUUCAGCGCAAUUGCUGGAACAGAGAAGUUCAUCUCCGGUCCUGGUUCGAGGCCGUCAUCGAGAGCAAGUUAUUUGCGUGGUACACCAGUGGAUGGUCUCCCAGGAGCAUCUGUGAGCGGGGUAAAUGCCACCGGCACGGGGGCAAUGCGGGGCAAGUAUGACGGUCUGCGUUCGCAGAAUGUCACCGGAGCCGGGCCAAUGGCGCGGGAAUCGAGGUAUGGUGGCUUGUCGAGACAGCCGUCAACGUUCGCUCGUGCAAAUCCCCUUGAGGCCCGCAGAGAGGCUGAAAGGCAGCGAGAGUCAGAGAGGCCACGAGAAACGGAGAACACACGUCUCAAGGAGACGGAGAAGGACGUUGUUGCUGUACUUCGCAGCAGACCUUCCGCCGCCCGUCGCCAUAAGCAUUCUUCAGGUGGCAAGACGCCAUCUCGGGGCAACUCAAUAGACUUGCUCUCCUCCAACCCAGCAGAGUCAUCUUCUGCAUCUCUGCCAACGCUCCCCCCACGCCCACAGCCGAGUACGCGCGUUGAAUCACGCGAUUGGCUGACAGGUAUGGAUGAAGACGAACCACCUUUACCUAUCCAGUCUACCAGGGCAGACCCACAACCCGUCUUACGCGAGUCGCCGAGCAAACGGGCGUCCUACAUUGAACGCAGCCCGAUUGUGCUGCAGAAGCCUCUGGAGGCCGAGAGCGUGCUGGGGACGUAUCAGGAGCCAGAGAAGGCCCAACCAAAUCGCGGGGUGGAAAGGGAACGGGCAGAGAGACAACGGCGCUCGCCCGAACGUACCAAGGGGCUCGUGGCACGAAUUGGUACAGGCACAAAAGUGAAUCUGACUGGGACAAGCCAUAAGGGACUGAAGCUUCCGCCGGUCGAUACGAAGACAGCUUCCCGUUCUGGCGUGAAGUCUUCUCCCAAUGGCUUGACGGAGAACUGGAGCCCCAUUGCCGCGUCGUCCGAACAUCCAACAAAGAGUCCAUCAUCAUCAUCGAGUGAGGAAGAGCCCGAGGACUUGCAAGGGUAUGCUGCCGGACGCCACGAUCGUCGCACGAGGGAGAGUUCGAGAACAGGCGAUCGUACGGGCUCCGCAGUUGAGGACAAACGGCGGCUGGCAAGAAGCAAGGGGCGACAGAGCUCAGUACACGAUCUGGUGGAUUUGUGGGGAGCUAACAAUGGUCCGGCUGCAGUCCCCCAAGAACCGAGACGGGAGCGAGAGAAGAGCACUGGUGCUAGCACGACUACCAGGCAGGCAGACAAGCGGAGGUCGGUUAUCAUGCCGGCUCCCUCUGCCAGACCGCCGCUGGGAGCAAGGCUGCGAGCAGAAUCACCAGCGCCACUAAUCGACACAUCCAUAUCUUCCGUCGCAAGUCGGCUGCCUACAUCGCAAGUACCGCCGCCGGCUAGCCCUCAUCGGAGACAGCCCUCCAAUGUGCCUGGUGCGCGGCAUACUCCUGCACCCUCCGCAGUGCCUACGCCAAUGCUGGGGCGCUCGCGGCCACAGUCCAUGUUCGUCACGUCCCUGUCCAAGACCGCUUCCACGGACACGAACGCGUCGACCUCUAGCGCUACUACUCACACAUCCUCCGCGACCUCUACCGGCCAGCUGCUCUCCCCACCGCCUGAUCCCCAGUCGCGACGCGCCUCUCGGCGGAGCUCCAUCUCGGAUAUGGGCGUGUCGAAGCUGAUUGAUCGAUGGAACCGCGCGGUGGACGACACGGGUGCUGUACCGGGGGUGGGGCCCAAGAAGGGUGGGUUCCCUGUGCGUCGGGCUGGAGUGGUAGGGGAUUCGGGGCACGGACGCUGA